AUGUGCCUACUCCUUCAAAGCCUUGUUCUCAUGGCCCUUUGCUUCCCCUCAGCAAGCAUGUGUCCAAAGGGCUGCAACUGCCAACGUGACCCUCAUUUACAUGGGCUCAAUGUUACGUGCAGUAAGUCCCACCUCAAAGAUAUUCCUCCAAACAUCCCAGUUGACACAGUCCUAUUGAGGCUGGACCACAAUCAGAUAGGCACUGUACCCGAUCAAGCAUUCAAUGGACUUAAGCUUUUGAGGGAGCUGAAUCUCUCUUACAAUGCAGUGGAAACUUUAGGAGAAGGUGCCUUCAGUGGCAUAGAGGCAACUUUACAGGUUUUGGACCUUUCCCACAACCGCAUCACUAGCGUUCACAAGGAUGCUUUUUCUCAGAUGAAGGCCCGAGUUAUUGUGGAUGAUAACCCCUGGCAUUGUGACUGCACCCUUCAGCAGGCCAUUGGUGGAAUGGCCCACAAUCAUGAAGCUGCAGCCAGGGUCCUCUGCAGAAGCUCGGAGCUUCUCGAUCAAGAAGGGCGGCCUUUCUUGGCAGUAGACACAGACCUUUGUAACCUGGCAAAAAGGACCACAGACUAUGCUAUGCUGGUAACCAUGUUUGGUUGGUUUGCAAUGGUAAUUUCAUACGUUGUAUAUUAUGUUCGUCAGAACCAGGAGGAUGCCAGACGCCACCUAGAGUACCUCAAGUCUCUUCCCAGCAAGCCCAAGAAACCUGAUGAAACUGACGACAUAAGCACUGUUGUCUGA